AUGGCACGUCAUCAGCUCCUCGCAUCUCUGUCUCUCCUGCUGGCCAUCUGGGCCGUUAGUUGUACGGCUGAGGCACCACUCCGAAGGAAUGUGCAUCUUGGACGCCUGCGUCUGCGUCCGGUGACCUUUGCCCGGCAGCAGGUGGCACCGACGCCCUAUCCCUCGGCGGCGGAACUGAAGCCGGCGGCUGAGGAGGCCGCUCUCGUGUAUGGACCCCCUGAGGACUCCGAUGUGGAUGUUCAGGCAGCAUUGCCUGCGGAGCAGGAGCCACCAGUGGACAACUUUGAGCCCAGUCCCGAGGCCGAGGAGGUGGACACCGAGGAGAGCUCCCUGGAAGUGACCACGCCCGGCUCCACCCUUGCCCGCCUGCGCAGCCGCCAGAGACUGGCCAAGUUGCAGCUGGCCAAGCCCAAACGUCAGCGUCAGCGCAUCGCUCGCCUGGAGGAGCUGCCCGUGGAUGAGGCAGUGGCUCCAGUGGCUCCUGUGGCUGCAGUUGCACCAGUUUCUCCUGUGGCUGCCGUUCCAGCUGCAGUUCCACAGUUCUACUACGUGGGUGCUGGUCAGCAGCCCUAUUACCUUGCCUACACCGCAGCUCCCCAGCAGUUGGGCUGGUAA